AUGAACAAUGUACCAUUGCAAUUGAUUCUGAUCCAGAAAAUAAUAAAAACAAAAGGGGACUAAGAAGAUAUGAUAUUGCCAGAUUCUGAUUAAGAGGAUUAAUUUUAAACAUUAAUUAACAACAACAGAAAUGGAGACAUCGAAUCAAGAUUACGAUUAAAAAUGAAGCAACUUAGAUUCAGCAAUUAAAAUCAAAUCUAUUAUUUCUCAGAGAAUCGAAAAUCCUCUCCAAGUCAAUCUCCUGCUCUCUCUCCAAGAUACUCUUCCAAUUCAAUCUAAUCUAUCCUCAAGCCUAAAAGUUGCUCCAUUUUUGCAUAGACAAAGAAAUGA